GUGCCGUCAUGCCCCCCGUGCCCGACCUGCCACCUGGCGUGCGGUGCGCCUGACGCCUGCCCGAGCUGCUCGCUGCAGUGCCCUGCUAUGACACCCUGCGCGGGAGCGGCGCCCGUCAGCUGCCCGGCGGCUGCCCCUUGCCGGGCGUGCGGCUGCCCGGCGCGCGCCCCGUGCGCGGUGUCCGCACCCUCGCCUGGCUCUGCCGCGCCGGACGCCGCCCCUGCGAGUGCGGCUGGCAGUGUGGUCGCCGACGCGGUGGUCGACGCGCGUGCGCUGGCCUCGGCGCUGGUGGGCGGCGCGGUCGGCUUCGUGUUCGCGGCGGUCUGCUUAUGGGGCUGCUGCGCGGUGCUCAGGAGGGGCGCCCGCCCCUGCUGCCGCGGCUUCGCUGGUCUGGACGAUGGCGGCAGUCGCGAGGACGCGAUGGGUGUGCGCUUUUUGGGCCGGGUGGCGUUGGCGGAAGCUGAUCGCGUCAUCUAUGCGGCGGACGGUGAUCUGUGCAUGGUCGCCCCCGCCAACGACCCAGAUGUGCAGGCGGCCAGGUUCGGCAGCCUCGAUCCCCCGCCGCCUGGGAUCGCGGCCAACCAGGUGUACAGGUUCCGCGCUGAGCCUACGGGCGCCGAGCUAGCGCAGCUGACGCUGGAGGCGGAGCAGGUGGCGAGUGGCGAGUGCCGUCGACGAGCUCAGGCGGUGGGCAACCUGGGUUUGCUCACCUACCUGCGGCCGCUGGUGACGCCUGUGGGCGGUCUCGCGGUGGUGCCUGUGGCUCCAGCUGGUCCCGCCUCGGGCUUGCUGAGGGGCGCCGUGCCCGCUGGGGGCGGCCCCGCCGCUGGCGACCCGGCGGGCGCGUGGCGCGCCGCGGCCUGCGAGGUCGGCUACCGCGUCGGCGACGAGGUGCCUGGCCACAUACCGACGGCGGCCCGCAUCCAGGACAGGGACAUCCACGUGCUGCCCGACGGCCAGGGGCUGUUCGCCGAGCUGGUGCCGCCAGCAGCGCUGGAGUCAUUCUUGCGCAAGGCGGUCGACGCGGACGCGAGGGCCCUACCGAUCGUUCGCGAUGCGCAGGGCCGUCGAGACGCGCCGUGGAACAAGAUGGUGGAGAUGGUGCGCCAGGAGGACUUCGGAUCGGACUGGGUGCUGCCUGGGCCCCGGGACGCUGUGUGGCGCAUGAGCUACCUGCAGCGCGAAGGCCUCGGCAUCGAGGGCCACCGCGAGCGCUUCCGUCAGAUCUGCAAGCUGGGUGCUACCGACUGGGGCGUCCAAGAGCACUGCCAACUGUGCCAGCAGAUCAAGGCCGCCACGUGUCAGGACCUCCAGGGUGGCACGAACUUGAUCAGCAUCGAGAUGAAGUUCAGGAGGCUCCAUACAAUGGACAAGGGCGUUGGAGGCAAGAUGAGUCUGGAAGAGCAGGCCGCGUUCUCGGGGAUCUCCCGAUCCACGUCUUCAGUGAUGGUCUCGCCCGACCUGAUCGAGCGCGUGUGCGGUGACGACGUCCGCGAUUUUGAGGGACAUCGGCCCCGGGACAUCUUUCCACUGCCGUGCCCGCCUGCCGCCGAGCCGCUGGAUAAGGCUGCUGCUGCUGCGCUGGCCAGAG